AUGCCGCCAGCCCCAAGGGCUGGACCUGCCCAGCAGACUCCUCAGAAGCGGCCAGCCCUGAAGACAGUAUUUACAAGGAGAGGUUCUGGGGGCCCGUGCCGCCUUCCCUCCUGGGGCUCGUCCACAGAGAGCGUCCACAAGGCCAGAGUGGGGGGCGAGGAGCUUGUGGAAAACGGGCCAAAUUCAGGUCCCGGGGCAGAGGCCAAGCCUAGUGCAUCUUCCUGUCCACUGCUUCAGCUUAUCUGUUCAGAAAAUGGUCCCGGGAGAGCUGGGCAGCAUUGGCUCCAGAACUGGAGGUGGAGUGGAGGGGCUAAUGGCAAACAAAACCGCAGGCCCUCCUGCUCUUUGCCAAAACCAUUUCCGUUAUCCCGAGACGGGGUGAGUGGCUGUUGGCUGCACAGCGGGGUUGAGAGGCCUCUGCCCUGCGGGGGGCCUUGCCUUGGGGGUCUGGCACGCCCCCGGUCACCAGCAGUACCAGUGGCACUUAGAUCUAUCUGUGCCACGUUCUGGGCGCGGGGAGAACGGAGCAGCCCUGCCCAGGGCCCUCACGCUUGCUUGCUUUCUUGA